CAUCUAUCAUUAAUACUAAAUAUUACAAUCACAUCUUUUUGAUUGUGAAUAGAAUAAUACAUAUUAAUUAUGGAUAUUCAAUCAAAUCAAAUCAAAUAUUUCAUAACAAUUUUUAUUUGUCCGGGUGUCGAAAAUUAACACGGUCAGAGAGGGGGCUGCUGGUCUUUGUAAAGUUUCUGUACGAGAAAUGAAGAUGAGAAGCAGCUAAUCACACGCUUGCCAAAAUAUGAAUACCACAAUAAAAAUUCAGUGACUCUUUUCUGGGAUCACGUUUUGGGACUUCUUUUUCAAUAUUUUUCUAGUUAAUUCCUCCGUCCACACAAAAACGUGUGGCCUUUGCCCUUUUGUUUUGUUACUAUUUACUUAAUCAUCUUCUACAAACACAAGCAGUUCAUAAAGUUGGAAUCUUUGAUCUUUCUUCCCACUCAAAAGUCUAAUCUUUGCCUUAUUUCCCUCGGGUUAGAGUUUCUCAAUCCCUCUACUGAAUUUUUGAAGUUCAUGAACAGUUUCCAGUUAUUCUCUCAAUAACUGUGAUUGACUCUGUUGUCGAGCUGUGCUGUCAUAUCCAUUUUGUAUUUUUUAUUUUUUUUUCCCACACGAUUUAGUGUAGUUGACUUCAACUCUUCAACCAAUACAGACCCUUUCUUGAAUCAUUGCCCUGCUUCUUUUAUAUUGAUACAGGCUUAUGGCUGAAUAGUUGUAAAGAAAAGAUAAAAUUUUUUCCCUUUCUGUAUUGAAUAUUGAUUUAGUGAUCACCAUGCCCCCUGAAUACUUGCCUUUGCGGUGGGAGAUAACUGGUGAUCAGUGGUGGUUUGCAUCUCCAAUUGACUGGGCUGCUGCCAAUGGCCACUAUGAUCUGGUAAGGGAGCUGCUUCAUCUUGACACCAAUCUGCUCAUCAAACUCACCUCCCUGAGAAGAAUUCGCCGACUUGAGACCGUGUGGGAUGAUGAUGUUGAUGAUCAGGAAGGCAAGAAAUUUAAUGAUGUUGCCAAAUGCAGGUCCCAAGUUGCCCAGAAACUCUUGCUUGAGUGUGAAGAAUCCAGGAAUGGCCAUCAUCACAAUUCGUUGAUUAGAGCUGGAUAUGGUGGUUGGCUUCUGUACACUGCUGCAUCAGCUGGUGAUGUGGGAUUUGUUAAGCAACUUCUGGAGAGGAACCCCUUGUUGAUUUAUGGAGAAGGAGAAUAUGGUGUUACUGAUAUUCUUUAUGCUGCUGCCAGGAGCAAGAACAGUGAAGUUUUUCGGCUGUUGCUGGAUGCUUCACUGAGAAAAUGUGGAGGUAGUAAUGGUGGCGUUGAGCCGGAGGAAGUUUCAUCGGUUUAUAAGUGGGAAAUCAUGAAUAGGGCUGUUCAUGCUGCUGCCAGAGGAGGAUAUGUGGAGAUGUUGAGAGAACUUCUUGGGGAUUGUGAAGAUGUUUUGGUCUAUAGAGAUUCUCAGGGUUCAACACUCUUGCAUUCAGCUUCUGUCAGAGGUCAAAUUGAGGUGGUUCGAAGUCUUCUGGCAUCCUAUGAACUCAUUAAUUCAACCGAUAAUGAGGGAAACACCGCACUACAUGUAGCUGCUUACCGGGGUCACUUAGCUGUCGUAGAUUUUCUAAUCUCCACAUCGCCAUCAAUCAGGUUACAGAAAAACAAAAAUGGAGACACAUUUCUUCACAUGGCGGUGGCGAGUUUUAGAAGCCCCGGGUUCAGGAGACUGGACAGACAGAUGGCUCUCAUGAAGCAGUUAGCGAGCUGUAAAACGGCAAAUAUAGAAGAUAUCAUCAAUGAACAGAACAAAGAUGGUAGAACAGCUCUUCACAUAGCUGUGACAGACAACAUCCAUUCUGAGUUGGUUGAACUUCUGAUGUCUAUAUUUGGCAUCAACCUAAACGUCCGGGAUAAUGAUGGAAGGACAGCGCUCGAUUUACUCAAACAACAUCCAAAAUCAGCAUCUUCUGAGAUAUUGAUCAAGCGGCUGAUUCAGGCGGGAGGGAUUGGAAAUUCUCGAGACCAUUUGACAAGAAGUGCCCUCGUUUCUCACCUAAAGAUGCACGGAAUUGGAGGCAGUCCCGGAACGUCUUUCAGAAUUCCUGAUUCGGAAAUAUUUCUGUAUGCAGGGAUCGAAAAUGCAGAUGCACCUUCUCCUGACGUAGAGAGCUGUAUCACAGAUUACGACAUGAGAUCAGGGGAACUAACCGGAUCAGUAUCUAACAAAACAAGGUUCGGUUCUGUGAAUAGUGCUGCUCGUCGCCUAAAGCUCAUGCUCCAUUUACCUAAGACGAGAGCGAGGACCAUGGCGAAAGGUGUGAACUUGGAGGAAGAAACUAAUUCUGUCGACUCAUACAAAAUUUCGAGUCCAAUGACGGGCCAAAAGCCCAUCAUUUCUCUUCGACAAAGAUUUUCCAAGAGUAGCAACAGAAUCGCGGCGCUCUCCAACAACAGCGACUUCCUCCCAAGUCCAUCCACAAAGAAGAAGUUCGCGGCAGGGCUCAUGCACGGAGUUUUGCAAGUGAAAAGGCAGCAUUCAUUGUCUUUCGUCUCCUCAGCUUCUCCUUCGAGCCCUCUUUCCGAAUCUUCCUGGUCAUUACCGAUGUCAGCCGAAUUAGUCCGAGCAGGGAAUAAACACGACAACCAUUCGCCUCGUCAUCAGAUGGAUGAUAAAAUGAGGAAAAUAAAGCGCAGUCAGAGCUCAUUUAGCAUGAAGGCAAUGAACCGGUAUCUAUGCUUUGGAGCCCAAGGACUUAAUGCAGAUGAUCAUGAUGGAAGAAUCAACUUAGAACUAGAAAGUCAGGCUUGCAACAAGAGCACAUCAUCAGUUCACUGACCCAAAAGAAAAAUGGUGUUUUUGUUAGUUAAUGUUAUCGACUGAGCCAGAAAUAAUUCUAGUUUUCAGCAAUAUUAUACGUGUUGUUGGACAAAACUAAACUGAAAAAAGAGAAAGGAAAAAGUAAAAGUUAACUGCAUAUAAUGUUGUAGAUAAAAAAAAACCUAUUGUAACGUAUUGAUUGAUGUCUGUGCUCUGGGAGAUCAUUGUUUGUUCUACAACAACAUUACUAAUCUUUUGUCAAGAUCUUAUUGGUGUACCGAAAUGUUAUCGUGCAUUAUCAAUUUACUUUAAUCUUUUUACACGCCUCAAAUUUUAGAUAAUGUUGCAAAUAGCAUUUUGCAAGCGUAACAAGUUCUAAAUUCGAUAGUUAUCGAUAGUCUUAUAAUAAUAACAAAUAGUAGCUAAGACAACACCACUAAUCAUCUAUCAUCCUAAUGUCUAGUGGAAACGGCGGUGGUGGAGGUAAUGGCAAUCCGAC